AAGCCUCGGUUCAGACUGACAACAAGUAUGCAAUGGCUGACAGCCUUACAAGUCGCCGAGAGGAAAUGAAAGACUCGGCUUCUUUAAGUGAAACUGGUUCUGACAAAGGGGACAAUUCUCAGGGAAAUAAAGAUGAUGUUUUUGAAAAUGACUCCGGAUAUAUUGAGGAAAGAUUUCGUGUUGACAGGAAAAAAUUGGAACAAAUGUUGCAAGGAAAUUGGGAACAUCGUGAUGAAGCAGCAGAAGAUUUUUUCCAACGGAUAAUGGAUGAAACAAACACACAGAUAUCAUGGCCGUCCAAACUGAAAAUUGGUGCCAAAUCAAAAAAAGAUCCACAUAUCAAAGUAAUAGGUCUUCCAGAAGAUGUCAGAGUGGCAAAAGAUUUAAUAAUGGAUGUGCUGGACACAAAAAGUAAUAGAGCCACUUUAAAGAUGGAUGUCUCCCAUACAGAUCAUUCUCAUGUUAUAGGUAAAGGUGGUAACAACAUUAAGCGUGUGAUGCACGAGACAGGUUGUCACGUGCAUUUUCCUGAUUCAAACAGAGGCAACAAUGUACAGGAGAAAAGUAACCAGGUCUCAAUAGCAGGUCAACCACAGGGUGUGGAAGCAGCCAGGGCUAAAAUUAGGGAGUUACUGCCCCUUGUGUUUAUGUUUGAACUCCCAGUAACGACUAUAGCUAUACAGAUACCAGAUUCACAGUCGCCGGCAAUGCAGCAGAUUCAGCAGCAAUAUAAUGUUAACAUCAGCUUUAGACAACGACAACGAGGUUAUGGAACAACUGUGAUAGUCCGCGGGUCGGUUUAUAAUGAAAAACUUGUUAAAGAGGCCACAUUGAAAAUGAUGGAUUUGUUACUGGGAAAAUUAACAACACCAUUACCAGUAAACAUGCAGCUAGAGAUUGCCCCACAGCACCACCUCUUUAUAAUUGGUCGAGGGGGAAUGAAUAUCAAACAGAUUAUGCAAGCGACAGGGGCAAUGAUACAUUUUCCUGACCCGAAUAGUGUCACACCCCAGAGAAAAGGGACUGUAUAUAUCACUGGAACAAUAGACAGCGUCUUUCUUGCUCGACAACAACUUAUUGGUUUUCUACCCCUUGUCCUUAUGUUUGAUGUUAAAGAAGAGCUAGAGAUGGAUCCAGGUCGAGUAACACAAUUAAUGGAACAUCUUGAUGUAUUUAUCAGUGUUAAACCUAAACCGAAACAACCAAGCAAAUCUGUGAUAGUGAAAAGUAUAGAGAGGAACUCCUCCAACAUGUAUUUAGCACGGUUGCUGUUACUUGGCAUAGAGAAGAAGUUGCCACAGCAACCAGCGCAUCAGAUGACAGAGGAGGGAACUCCGUCCAAUGUUUUGAGCUUAACAGCCCUAGGUAUGACCAGAAGAAAAUACUUGUCUACCACCAUAUAUGUAUCAGUAAGGCAACAUGCUUCUUAUUUUCAAGCAGUAAGUAGAAGUAAGAGUGAAGCAAGCAGUCCGUCCAGAAGUCCUUGUGAAAGUCCUUCAAGCUUCAGGGAAAAUACUAGUGCUGUUGAUUUAGCUGGUCUAUCAACAUCAAAUGGUUUUGGUAACAUUGUGUCUUCACCACGACCAACAUCUUCCCUAACAAGCAGUGCACAUGCAUUAGAUCUGCUAGGACUUAGUAAACCCAAGAUACCCCUUAGUAGUAGUGCUCACACGAUGGAUUUACUUGGCUUGAGUAAAACAACAAAUCCUAUGAAUGAAAUAUCCUUCCUAAAUAGCGGCCUCAGCAACGGCUCCCUCCAUGGCAGUUUGAACAGCGCUUCCCUCCAUGCCAGCCUCAACAACGGCUCGCUGCAUGGCAGUAUGAACAGCAUGAACAAUGGCUCGCUCCACGGCAGCCUGAAUAGUGCCUCGCUGCGUGCUAGUUUGAACAGAAGUCAUCUCACGAAUGGUGAUGGCCGUCUGCUUGAAGAUCUGAGGGCACCUGGUAUAGAGAGGCAGAACAAUACAGCUAACCUUUUUGCUGAUAGUUUCCAACCAUUUGGUGUGGAUUAUGAACAGAAGAAAUUGAUGGCUAACAAAGCUAUUCAAAAGAAACCUAUUGGAGAAUCUCGUACCCCAACAGAUUUUUGGUCAGGUCUUGGCUUCUCGAAGUCUAUGCCUGAGUCAGCCAUUAGAGAGAGAAUGUCCCAGACAGGAGUGAGACAGAAGUAUGAACCUCCCAUGGCAACAACAUAUGAGAACACGGCUGAAGAGAUGUCAGAGAUGGAUAGGGAUCCAUGGAGAGACUCAACUACUAUGUAUAACAGACCACCCAUAAACCUUGCACCCGGAGAAUACCCCAGCCCCAGGAAAAAAUGGCCAGAGUAUGGAUUAAGCGCUAGUAAUCAUAUAGAUGGUGCCCUUGUACCAAACAAAUCAUACUGGUCUCCUAAAUUGGACCUUGCUGAACUUUUCAUCAAAUUAGGUCUGGGAAAAUACACAGAUUUGUUCCAGCAACAAGAGAUUGAUCUGCCAACAUUCCUGACAUUAACAGACCAUGACCUUAGAGAGCUUGGUAUCUCCACAUUUGGUGCCAGAAAGAAAAUGCUCCUGGCCAUAGCAGAUCUGAACAAGAGAAGAAUGUUGAUGUCAGCCAACAGUCCUCUGGAAGACUCUGAUCCAUUUCAUGAGGCAGCUUCUUCACCACACGGAUCACGUCCUGAUAUUGCAAGCUUGAGUGGAAGAUGGUGAAACUGUCGUCUGCUGCAAUGUUUGAUGUUGAAAAUAUUGUUGUCUGCAGAUGUGUAAGGUCAGAAAAGCAUAUUCAUCCACAGUGUGUUUGAUGGAGAACCGAUUUACUGCUGUAAAAAUGAUCUGCUGUUAAAUGGGGAUCUGAUUUUUUAUUUGAAGAUUCUGUGGUGAUUUUAGUAUUGGAGAGUCUUGUGAAGACAUUAAAGAACAAAAUGUUGUGAUUAAUGAAUUUUAGGUUGAUGAAAGUUUACUGUUUUUAGCUGAUCAAAUAGAUUUGCAAAAUGUGUAAUGUUAGCACACUGAUAUAUUGGAGUUGGUAUUGAAACAAAUAUAUAAUUAAGCUUCAGGGUCAUGAUACAGUAACACCUUAUGUGAAAAAGGGUAAUUCAGAUUUGUUUACAAUUAAUAUUUAUCUCUACUGCACAUGAAUUUUUAGUUCCUCAAUGGAGGAAAUGAGAUUUUCCUUUUAGUAUAUAGGUGGCCUCUAACGCUAAGCCUGAGUAUUAUGAAAGAAAAAAUUGCACAGCUUGUAAAUUUGAACCAAGUCAUAUUUGAGCAUUGCUUGCAUCUUCUAAAACAUUCUCUGGAAGUUCAUGAUGUACCAGUCUGACCUGAUUUGCCUCAGGAAUUUCAUUAUCUCAAGGUUAAAAGAGGAAUUUCAGUCUACCAAUGCAGUGGUUUUAAAUAACUAAUAUUAGAUUUCGAGGGCUCAGCGCGAAACUAUUGUAACUUACAUUCUUGAAAUUGUUCAGGAGAAGGAAAAAACUGUUUCUUUUUUUAAAAAAUUCAUAAAAUUGGAUAAGAUUUAAGUAUACUCUGUAAAAAUGUUAUUCAUUUAGCUAUUGAGAGCUGAAACCAUGAUAAUAUUGUUAAUUUUUGAUAAAUUUGGAAUAAUGUCACUUACAAUACUUUCACGCUGAAAAUCCAAUAUGAAUGCCUACAAAAUUUAGCGUGAAACUAUGGUAACUGACUUUUUUUCUAACAAAUACAAAAUAUGAUAUUGUUAUCCAUCUCAGUGUCUGAAGUUAAAAACCAAAAUACUUUUAAUGAGUAAAAACAAAUUUCAAGGCAAGUCACUUACAAUAGUUUUGCGCUGAAAAUCCAACAAUGAGAACCAUAAAUCUCAGUGCGAAACUAUUGUAUCUGAACGUUUUUGUCUGACAAUUUUAUCCUAGUUUUGAACCUUCAAUUACUUUCAUACUGCUUUAGUUAAAAAAAAUGUAAUGAUUUUGAAGGGGUCAAAACCAAAUAUCUGUUCUUCAGUAGUAUGCUAAAUUAAGCUAUUUCCAUUCUACUAUUUUAUGUAGAAUUUAUACGUUUGCUUCACACAAAAAAGACAGACCGAUAAGCUUAUUCCUAUAAUACCUCCCACUUUGUGUCAAUUCGCCGUAAAACCCAACUCACUCACUCACUAUAUACCAUCCCCCACCUAACUUUGUUUGUGUGCGUAUAAAAAUGUGUAUAAGCAAACAUCAUGAUUUUGAGUAUUCCUUUUAAAAUUUGAAAUAAAUUGCAGAGCAUUAUAUUUUAAUGCCCCCCUUCGAAGAAGAAGGGGUAUAUUGUUUUGCAGAUGUCGGUCGGUCUGUCUGUGUCAUUUCUCAACUGGUUAAGCACUGGGUACAUCUGAAGUACACGGAGAACGGCUUAGCAAACUGACAUUGUGGACAGACCCUUUAAACUUAUGCUCUUUAUUAUUUGAUGAAAUUUCAACAAAUGAAGUCCAUUCCAAUGGACCUUUUGUUUACUUGUGUCAAAUUCAAAAUUGUUCAGUUUAUCUGCCAAAAAAGUCAUUUAAGAGACUAACCAUUUGAACUUUUGUAGGGGUGGGGGCUGAGAUUUUACUCUGAGUCAAAAUUUUAUUUUCUUCGCUUUCUAUUAAAGUCAGAAUUUUUUUUUCAGAACUUGAAGGUCAAAAUAUUUUUUUUUAGAGUACCGGUAAACCAGAGGUUUUUUGUUCAAAAUAGUUUUUGUUAUUAAAAAAAAAAACAAAAAAAAAAA